AUGAUGAAGGCAGAAAGAAGGGGUUUGAUUAUGUUUAAGCACUUAAUCAAAAGACUGCAGAUUCUACUUAAAUUCUUGCUCUCCUGGUUGCCAGAUCUCAAUGCUGUUGAGUUUGAAGAAGUGGAAGACAGUGGGACAGUACCGGACGACGUAAGGGAAGGGCAUUUCGCCAUUGUUGCAGGGAAGAACGAGGAACAUGGAGCACAGAGGUUUGUUGUUGAAUUAUUUCUUCUUAAGCAUCCUGCAUUUUUGAGGCUGCUGGAGUUGUCUGAAGAGGAAUAUGGAUUUGAACAUAAGGGUGCUCUUGUACUUCCUUGUAGAGCUGAUGAAUUGCAAGAGAUUCUGCAGCAGAUAAUGUAA